AUGCACAGUCGUGAUAUUAUUCCUUUUUGCGUGUUUGUCAUUGCCAAUACACCUCCCUUAUCCGAUUUCUACACAAUAAACUUUUGUUCCCGGCAGCGUGAGGCACGCCUUUGCAGGCAUGGUCAUGUUAUUAUAAUAAAGUGUGAACAAAAUGUACAAGAGUACAAUAUGCUUGUCAUAACAGUGAAUGUAUGCAUUGCUGUGUGUAACUGCACAUAC